AUGGCGAACCGCGAGCACUGCUUCGACGGCGUGCCCAUCACCAAGAACGUGCACGACAGCCACUUCUGCGCCGUCAACACCAAGUACAUCGCCGUGGUGACAGAGAGCGCGGGCGGAGGCAGCUUCAUCGUCAUACCCAUCAGCCAGUCCGGGCGUCUGGACUCACACUAUCCCAAAGUGUGUGGUCACCAGGGCAACGUCCUGGACAUCAAGUGGAACCCCUUCUUUGAGAACAUCAUCGCGUCCUGCUCAGAAGACACCUCUGUGCGCAUAUGGGAGAUCCCAGAGGGUGGUCUGAGGCGUAACAUGAGCGCCGCCCUGCUGGAGCUGUAUGGACACAGCAGACGAGUGGGGCUCAUCGAGUGGCACCCGACCAGCAGCGGCAUCCUGUUCAGCGCCGGAUACGACUACAAGAUUCUGAUCUGGAACCUGGAGCUGGGGGAGCCGGUGAAGAUGAUUGACUGUCACACAGACGUGGUCCUCAGCAUGUCCUUCAACACAGACGGCAGCCUGUUGGCCACCAGCUGUAAGGACCGCAGGCUCCGGAUCAUCGAGCCACGCUCUGGAAGAGUGCUGCAGCAGGCCAACUGUAAGAACCACCGUGUGAACCGCGUGGUGUUCCUGGGCAACAUGAAGCGUCUGCUGACCACCGGCUUCUCCCGCUGGAACACCAGACAGAUCGCCCUGUGGGAGCAGGAGGACCUGUCCAUGCCCAUGGUGGAGGAAGACAUAGAUGGCCUCUCAGGACUGCUCUUCCCCUUCUACGACGCAGACACUCACAUGCUGUACCUGGCAGGAAAGGGAGACGGGAACAUCCGGUACUUUGAAGUGACCACAGAGAAGCCGUACCUGCAGUACCUGAUGGAGUUCAGGUCCCCCGCGCCGCAGAAGGGGCUGGGAGUGAUGCCGAAGCACGGCCUGGAUGUCGGAGCCUGUGAGGUGUUCCGCUUCUACAAACUGAUCCCUCUGAAGGGCCUGAUCGAGCCCAUCUCCAUGAUCGUGCCUAGAAGGUCUGACACGUACCAGGAGGACAUCUACCCCAUGACGGCAGGCACAGAGCCCGCGCUGUCUGCAGCCGAGUGGCUCAGCGGCAUCAACCGAGACCCGGUGCUGAUGUCGCUGAAAGAAGGCUACAGCCGACCCAACCAGCUGGUGUUCAAAGCCCCAGUGAAGAAGGAGAAGAGAGAGGUGGUGGUGAACGGCAUCGACCUGCUGGAGAACGUGCCGCCCAGGACUGAGAACGAGAUGCUCAAGAUGUUCUUCAAACAGCAGGAGGAGCUGAGGAGGCUGAAGGACGAGCUGGCCUCUAAAGACAUCAGGAUACGACAACUGGAGCUGGAACUCAACAACCUGAAGAACGUCAGCCCCAACGGAGUCUGACCUCUGACCCCUGAGACCCCUAAACCACCUGAAGAACGUCAGCCCCAACGGAGUCUGACCUCUGACCCCUGAGACCCCUAAACCACCUGAAGAACGUCAGCCCCAGCAGAGUCUGACCUUUGACCCCACUACAACCUGAAGAACGUCUGACCUUUGACCCCUCAAUCACCCGAAGAACAUCAGCCCCAACAAAGUCUGACUUCUGAACUGUGACCCCCACCGCUCUGAGCCCACCUUUGGGACAUGUCAUGACCAGAUUUGGACCAGUUGUCACUGUGUGUGAUUACAGUGGAGUCUAUCUUUGUCCAUUAAAUUAUCUUUAAACCUUCCACUUAACUUGAAGUACAGUGUAAACUCCAGGCUGGAGGGAGAUUUAAAUUACAGGAUUAAAGCUGUAUUUAUUUUAGAUGAAGUCUUUAUCCAGCGCUCUGUGAUGGUAACAUACUUCUGUCGCCACAGCUGUUGUGAGUAACAUGACAGAAGCGAGACUGACAAUCUGAUCUGACCAGCACUCACUCACACCCCAUGUACCGGAGUUAUGUAAUCAGAAUACAAAUUAUGAGUAACUGUAUUCAGUUACAGUUACUGUUUCAGUGAGUGGUAAUUAGAUUACAGUUACUUUGUUGAGAUAAAUGGAUUACACUGCGUUAUUUUCCUGUUUUCACAUUUUGGGCUAUAUCCCCUUUUUUUUCUUUUCUUUUCUUUUUUUUUUUUUUCUGUAAUUCCACUCAUUGCCGGAAACUAAACCAGGUCUAAACCAGGACUAAACUAGGACUAAAACAAGGUCUAAACUAGAUCUAAACCAGGUCUAAACCAGGACUAAACCAGGACUAAAACAGGACUAAACCAGGACUAAAACAGGACUAAAACAGGACUAAAACCAGGUCUAAUCCAGGACUAUACCAGGUCUAAAACCAGGUAUAAACUAGAGCUAAACUAGAUCUAAAUCAGGUCUAAACCAGGACUAAAACAGGAUUUAACAGGACUAAAUCAUGCUGUGUGGAUGUGUUUCCUCGUCUUCUAUCAAUAAUAUUUUUAAUACAGUUAAGUAAAGUUUGGGCUUUUUAUUUUCUUUUAGCAGACAAAACAUCUUACGUUACGAUUUCCUCGUCUUUGUUUCUCUACAGCAAAUCCAAUAAUCCAAAGUAUUCAGAUUACAUUACUCACUUAAAGUAAUUUAAUGGAUUAUGUUACAAACUACAUUUUGGGGUAUGUAAUCUGUAAUCUGUAGGGGAAUACAUUUUAAAAGUCACCUUCCCAACACUGUUUACACACACCCAAGAUGUCCGGCCUGAGGACACAACAGUUUGGUUGAAGUUGUGUGUGAAGUUCUUCCUGGGUGUGGUGGAGCGCUGUGACCCCAGAGCAGGACUGAGCCUUCAUAAGAGGAAGUGCCUCAUUUCAAUAACUACAUGGAAACAAAACUACUUGAGGUUAGAGUGAAAACUGAACAUGCUCAAUGAUUUAAGAGCCAAAUCAAAUAAAAGACAGACAAAAGAGUCCAAAUCUGGUAAUGACAUCCCAGCUCCUGCCCUCCCGCCUGCAGCCUGUGUGAGGUUCUUAAGUGGUCCAGGUCCAGUGGUGUGUCUGGGUUCACAUUAUGUUUCAUUAUGUUUCUGCUGUAUCUAACCGUGUGUGGACCUGCUAACCACUUGGACCUGUGAUGUUCUCCUUAAGUCCUCCACUCCAGCUCAGUACUGUCUACACUGGCAAAGACGACUUGUGGGCUCUCCUCUUAGUAUUAAUGCAACGUUAGCUUUUGAUUUCUAAUUUUGAUGUACAUUUUGCCAGAUAUUGUAAAAUGCCACUUUGCCUUUCCUGUUAUUUAUGUGGCAAUACGAGGGCCAUGGACUGUUCCGACGUGUCCCAAACUCCGUCCUCCUUGCCGCCUUUUGGAAGCAAAAUGGAGGAGAAAGACUGGCUCCUGUUCUUCCGCCCUAAGCCUUAGUCUCUGCUGCUGUAUACUCAAAAUGGCCGACAUCAAACGCUUGCACCAAACACAUUUAUGGAUUUAGCAUCACCUUUCACUAGCUGCUAAUAUCCUUUGUUUUCAGGUCCUUUGCUGUCAGGGCUGUUUCUAGCUUUAAGCAGGCUGAGUACGUGCGCAGGGGCCCAUAAGCCACAAGGGGGCCUCAAGAAGAAGAUGACUGUUAGAUCUAUUAUGCAACGCAAAAUCAACUUUUUAAACACUCUGACCAUUUCCACUCACUCAGAGUUGUAUUUCGAGUGAUUCACACAUGUUUAAGUAAGAAUAAUCUUCACUCAUUGCUUUAAUCAACCCAGUUUUUGCCGCAACUGCUACAUACACAGCUCUGUACUUUCUUUGUUCUCCAAUAAGAUAAAGUGUCUUUAAUUAAAGGGACACUUCAAUGAGGCAGGCAGGAAUUUCUUCCCAUUGGGCUUUGUAAUUUUCCAACCGGAAGUUAGCAGAUUUGUUUUGUGAUCAAGUUGUUUUAGAUGAAUAUUAUGAUUUAAAAUGUUCAAAUUAUUACAAAUUGAUUCACCAGUGUCAUUGAUUAUAACUAUGGCUGCGUUCACACUGCAGCCUGAAGUGACCCAAUCCGAUUUUUUGGCUUCUGUGUUCCUGAAUCUGAUCUUUUAAUGACAGAUCCGAUUUUUUCAAAUGUGACCCAGGACACUUGGAUAUGUGCUCCUUAAACCGAUACAUAUCUGAUCUUUUGACAUGUGACUUCAGUCUGAACAGCCAAAACGCAUUCAUCCACCUACAUGUUAUCAACAAGACACAAAUGUACACAAACGUUCUUCUCGUCAUAUGAAAAUUGUUAAUGAACUCCGCAUCACUGAAGCGAAGCACAUCACCACUCACCACUCUUGGCUACGUCUCCACAUCCACACGUUCCUUUCAGCGCACUGCCCCUCAAAACGCCACAGCCAAAAACCUCGUCCUUCUCCUUCUCAAUCUCCUCUUUAAAACAAGUAAGUUGUUCAUGUUCUGGCUCCGGUACGAGAUGAACUUUAAAAUCUCCAGGUGCUCGAUGCUGCGUCCAUGUUUGGACAACUUCUGUAAACACAGAGACGCUCGCUGUGGUUGACGUCGUCGUGUCUCCAGUGUCACAUGCGGGACACUUUUGGGCCGUUUAAUGUUCACACUGGAGUCACAUACAAGUCACAUUUAAUUGGAAACGUGAACGACCUCACAAAAACAUCGGAUUUCACAAAAAAAUCGGAAUUGAGCGUUAAGCCCUGCAGUCUGAACGUAGCCUAAAUAGCAGACACAAGCACAAUAUAUAAGUUUUGUUAUUAUAACCUUUUAAAACGUCAACAUUUGAUUUAAUUUCAUAACAGUUUGUAACAGUUUGUAUCAUGAUUUUGCAGAACAUAAUCACCUCUUUGAAUAACGGAUGAUUCACAACUUACCUCCAAUUCUAACUCUUAACUCAGUGUGCUGUUUACUUUAUAUCGUAUUUAUCUUGUUUUAUUUGAAUUUACACUUGAUAAUUGUAUGAAUGCAUAUCUCUUCUAGGGGCCCUCAAACCGAGCAUCUUGCGUGGGGCCCAUUAAAGCUAGAAACAGCCCUGUGUACUGAUAUUAUAACGAACUAUGUUUAUCUAUGGAUAUUUUAAUUGUUGCUUGUUUUUACUGAGGGCUACUUUUGACGAUGCAGGAGAUGUAAAGUAUUCGUUUCUAUUUAUUUUUCCAUGUUUUUAGCCAAUAACCUUGUAUAUUUGUUAAUCCCAAUGGUUUUGUAUUAAUUCUAAGUUAACUAUUUUUGAUGCUUUGGCUGAAUGUUGCUGAGAGAAAGUCAUGUAUCGAUAUUUUGCUGUUAAGAUUUCUUCCGAUAUUUAAGCUUAGCGAGUAUUUUAGUAUCUGAGAACGACUUACACAAACAUUUGACAUUGUGUUUUUUACUCAAAUGUGUUGGAAAAGUGGUAGAGUAAAGUGGGAGCAGACGGUGACAGUGUGAGGAUGAAGUGAUCCUUUGGGACGAGUUGUAUGUGGAAUAAAAGUGAAGGUUUUAAAACACAGCCAGUCAUCAGUGUUGGGGAGUAACAGAUUACAUGUACCAGAGUUACGUAAUCAGAGUACAAAUUAUGAGUAACUGUAUUCAAUAACAGUUACUGUUUCAGUGAGUGGUAAUUGGAUUACAGUUACUUUGUUGAAAUAAAUGGAUUACACGGCGGGAUUAUCCUGUUAUCAC